AUGGCGCUUCCAUCAUGGGUGACGGACAACCUGAAGUCACCGAAGUCGCGUAAAACCCUUAUACGAUGCUGGAUCGCGUCCUGGGUCGCUUUCGUUAUCAUCCUCCCGAACCAAUCAUUGACCACCCUUGGUAAUGCGGCCUUCUUUACUGCGCUCGUCAGCAUGAUCGUUGCACCAAGCAUGCCCCUGCAGUUGUUCGUGCUGGCUAUUGCUAUGGUCAUGAUGGGCUUCUUGGUGGGAUGGGGUCUAGGAUCGGCAGCCAUGAGAGGCGCAUUGGCCGCUCGCAGCCAACUACUGUUGAAACACACCCUACAACAGGCUCAGCAAAGAGCUGCCAGCUCUCAAAAUCCCGAUGCCGAGUUCAAAGCUGAAGUUUUCCAGGGUCAAUUCCUCGAUACGGACUCGUCCGUCGUUUUCGGUGUCUUUCUUGCUGCAGGGACAUUCUUCCUCGCUUUGGCGCGAGCGUAUUUACCGAAGUUGAUGGUUCUCAGCAUAUUCGGCACAAUCUCCUUGGAUGUUUUCUGCAGCUAUGGCCCGCUGUUCCCCUUCGCACAAUAUACUAUCCUGAACUCGAUUCUUAUCUCGGCGUCGUGCUACGCUGCAAUCGGCGUCGUCCUGAUCACGCUCGUGUUCCCCGAAACCAUCAAUCACGCGCACCUCGAAGCCCUCGCCGGCUUCUGCGGUGCACUAAAAGGCCUAGUGGCCAUGCAAGACGAAGCGUUAGACAGCACCCACGAGACCGUCGCAGCCAUGAAGGGCAAGAUAUCCGGUACUCGGGCCGGCUUGGUCGCGAAAUGGCAGGGAUUGCAAGGAACCGCGGUCUUCAUAAACCUCGAGUUUAGCUGGGGAAAAUGGAACGGGGACGACAUCCUGGAAUUGGAGCAGUCCUUGCUGGGCAUCAUCACACGUAUCGCCGGCCUAUGCAACUGGACUACAGUGCUCUCCAACGUUUUCAGCACCGCCGGGCUCCGGGCUAACGAUCCGAAGUCGCCAAUAGAGACCGGUGACGCAGCCGACAAGGACUCUGUUUCAGAGAAGACUGCCCACGGUCACGGCCAUGAUACCCUUAUCCUCCAGCAACUCUACAACGAGCAGCUGGAGGCGGAGCAGACCCACUCCCUCACUCUGGAAGAUAGCCUUCCCCGCCUCAAGGACGCGACCUCCGACCUUCGUCAGGCUUGUGUCAGGGGCCUGUCGACCGCGCAGACCGUCAUCGACAGUACCAACAAGAAGAGGUGGCAGAGGGCCGCGAAGGACGUGGAAGAGAGGAUCAGAUUGCUGGAUGAGUCGAUCGCGGGGCUGAAGGGCGCGCUAGAGGACUUCAAGCUGACCAAGAGGCAGGCGAUGCUUGAUCCAUAUGUUAAGGCGCUGCGCCCCGAAACGGAGGGAAAACAAGGGCAAGAAAAUCUACCGCACAGGUCGUUACACAUCUCAUUGGUGUUCGCCGUGAACCUAAUCAUCACCUCGGAGAUGAUACUUGCUUUUCUGAACGCUCUCCGCGCGCUCGUGGAUAAGCGCAAGAAGACGCGGCUGUGGGCUCCGAAGGGUCUCCGCACGGUGUGGAAGGCGGUCCGAUCGAAAGGCGGAGCAGGGCAGAACGCUGCCGCAGGAGAGGACGUGGUGCCGGAGGAAGAAGAUGAGGAGGAGGAGAUUGAGUACGGGAGGGAUCCGGAUAGCAAGCCACCCGCCAACGUCUUUCAGAGAGUGAUGGACGUCAUCCAUCGGUCGUACAAGUGGUCGAAGACACCUGAGGCAUUGUUUGCGUUCAAGUAUACCUUUGUCAGCAUUGCCCUCUGGCUUCCGGCCGUGUUCAAGUCAAGUGCAGCAUUCAACUACGAGCAGAAGGGCCUCUGGGCUCUCAUUAUGGCGCAAACUACGCUCAACAUCUAUGCCUCGGAUCAUAUCUACAACCUUGUAACUCGAUCUCUCGGUACAUUCAUCGGUGCCGUUAUAGGGCUGCUUGUCUGGUAUCUAGGUAACGCGAGUAGCAAUGGUAACCCCUACGGCACUGCAGCCGCCGUAGGUGUCUUCCUGGUGCCGGUCAUGUUCAUCCGUCUUUUUGCGCCGCUUCAAUAUCUGACCGGCGUGUUGAUGGGUUGUGCUACUUUCGUGCUGGUGGUGGGUUAUUCGUGGAUAGAUGCCAAGCUCCCUCUCUUCGGUAAUCCCGGGAUCGGGUGGCCGAUCGCGUGGAAACGAUUUGUUCUUGUGAUGAUCGGAUGCGGUGCAUCGUUCAUCAUGAUGUGCCUCCCUCCUCAAUCUGGCAGGAAGGCCGUUCGGCUUCGCAACGCGACCAUCCUCACGAACGUUGCAGAUCUCUACGCAUUCAUGAUGUCGAAAUGGAUAGCUAUGCCUGACGUCGGCAACGAGCUUAAGGGCGAGAACGGCACCGACACGCCUAAAGAAAAGAGCUGGAAGAACGACUUCCGCAAGCAGAUGCGCGAGAAGAUAGUGUCCAUUUCUACGGAGAUCGGGGCGUUGAGGCAGCAGACGGCCAUGGCUGUCUGGGAAGGCAAUAUCAGGGGCGCUUGGCCGGUGGACGAAUACCAGAAACUCAUUGGCAUUGAAUCGGAUAUGAUCAGUGCCCUUGCGCAGAUUGGCGGAGCGUUGACACUAACCGAUGACGACGUGCGCAUCGCCUACCUCCGUCAUACUAAAGUCGUGAACCCGAACUUCGUCACGGACGUCAUGUCGACAUUCAUCCUCGUCGCCCAAUCCUUGCGGACCGGCCAGCCCCUACACCAAGUCUUGGACAUCAGUCUUCUCGAUCGUGCCUUGUAUCACGGCAAACUCGGCACCCCUCGUCCGGAAGUCGACGCCUCCAACGGCGGAACGAAGCCCAUCACGAUGCCCCGCGUGGACGAAGCGCAGUUGCGCUCUUUGGACUACGCGUACUAUGCGACGGCGCUCGUCGGCGUGUUCCAGCUUGCCGCAUGUCUGGAUGAGUUGAGGCAGAUUACGGGUCGCUUGUGCGGAACCGUGCCUCUCGAAGGGUUCGGACAGUGGAGAAUUGACUUCGAGCGGUCUCAUUCGUAGAGUAUCGUAUUCAUCAUAAUCAGGCCGUUCGUCUAUGGGGUAGCCAUCGGGUUUGGGGGGGAGCUGCACCACUAAUUCGCACACAUGGCCGGCAAUCAGACCGUAAAC